CGAGAAAUGACAGAGGGGGAUCUCCUCAGUAACAUCGGAGGCCAGCUGGGCUUGUUUAUCGGAGCCAGUGUCAUCACUCUCUUCGAGUUCCUGGAAUACCUGAUCAAACGGUUCACAUCCUGCUGCCGGAAAAAGUACAUGAAGGAUAAGGUCUUGCCGGUGGAUAUCAAACCGCAACACGAUACUAGUAUCAAACAGAGCCACGAUACUAGUAUCAAACCGCGGCACGCUAUGCAUAUUGACGGAUAUUGAGAUCUUUGGCGACGCCUCCAGGGCAGAGGCAUACUUUUGCUGAUCACAUCGGCUGAUCACCUCCUUUGAUAGAAAUAUCUUAUUAGUUCAUACAGGAAGUAGGAAAGAUUUGCUUGUGGUUGUCACAUAUUUCCCAAUGUUUGACUCAUAGAAAUAUAAUUAUGAUAUACAGCAUCACAUUAGGUGAGUCCAAUGUAAGUAUUUACUCGUACUUUUUUUUGGAGUGCAUUUGCUGAAUAUUGUUAACCAUUGUGUAUUGAUAUGUAUAUAUAUA